AUGGAGGCUCAAGCCCUGGAACAUGAGCGCCGCCUGGCGCAAACACAGGGCGAGGACGCCCUGAGGCACGCUAUUGCCGCUGCCGAGCUGUAUAUGCAGGCAGCCGGCAAGGCAAAGACAGCCGAAGACCGCAAACGCCUCAGGAAGAAGUGCGUCGAGCUCAUCGGUCUCGGAGAGAGGCUCAAAGCGACUGCCAAGGGCACCGAUGCCGCCUCGCGGCCGCCCGCCCCCAAGUCCACUCGGCCGCUGACAACCGCCGAGAAGACAAUCCUGCUGAAAGCCUCACGUCUGCAUGGCCACGUGUUUCCCCCGUGGGAGUCAGCCCCUGGUUCAGAGAGCUUCUCGACUGCCGGCGGUCCCGGAGAGCAAUACGUCGACUCAUCACCCUUCUCCCUCUCGGAGGAACAGCAAUCCAUCUUUGCCGGCUGGCGGCGUCCCUCUGAACUUACGGGGGUCAAAGAUGGUGGGCCCGGGACUAUGGACCAGCUCAUGACCGCCCAAGCAGACAUGGAUCUGGCACAGGACCUGGCCACGGACUGCUCCGUUGUAGCGAGCUUAUGUGCAGCGGCUCGCCAUCUUGGACCUACAAAGGACUCGCUGCUGGGGUCACUCAUGUACCCCUUUGACCGCACCACCAACAGACCCGAGGUUUCCAAGAAUGGAAAAUACAUAUUUCGUAUGUACUUCAACGGAAGCUGGCGCCAUGUCGUCAUUGAUGACCGCCUGCCUGCUUCCCACACCGACCGCACUCUAUACGUCGUCGACCGGCGCAACCCCAGGCUGAUCUGGCCGGCUCUGGUUGAGAAAGCCUAUCUGAAGAUCCGGGGUGGCUACGACUUCCCUGGCAGCAACUCAGGGACCGACUUGCUUGCUCUGACAGGCUGGAUUCCUGAGCAAAUCUUCCUCCAGAGUGACGAAAUCGAACUGGAUGAGACAUGGAACAGGAUCAAGAAAGCCUACGACGAAGGCAAUGCUAUGCUGACCCUGGGAACUGGGAAUAUCUUACCGGAGGAAGAAAAGGCGUCAGGCUUGGUGAGGGAGCACGACUAUGCCGUCAUCAGCCUGAAAAAGGAGGACGGCUCUCGUUUACUCCUCAUCAAAAAUCCCUGGGUGGACAGCCUGGUAUGGACCGGCGUCGGGUCUUCGGCCACGCUCAAGGCGCACACAGUUGGUUCGGGUUCCGAGGGUGCAUCCAAUCAGUUCUGGAUGGCGUUUGAAGACGUCCUCCAACACUUCGAGUCGCUCUACGUCAACUGGAAUCCCGCGCUAUUCCCAUACCGCCAAGACCACCACUUCAAAUGGGACAUGCCUGACAAGACGGAGGAGCUCGUCUUCACGCGUAACCCACAAUACAGCGUGCUGUCACCCUCCGGAAACCCUGUCUGGGUCCUCCUCAGCCGCCACUGGCAGGAUGGCGAGCUCGACAUCUUGCGCCAGCGCAAAGCCGAGAGAGAAGGCGGUCAAGCCUCGCUGGCCACGGUUUCCAAGCAGCUCGGGUUCAUGGCACUCGCCAUAUAUGCCAGCUCACCCCCAGGCACCCGCGUGCCCCUCCCCGAUACCAGCCGCCGUCUCCACCAAACCCCCUUUGUCGACAGCCCCAACACCCUGCUACGCUACAAUUCGACAGCCGGCACCCCCCAAACCCUCGUCAUCACGCAAACCGAGCUCCCGUUCCCAACCUACUCUUUCACUCUCUCCUUCUUCUCCUACCAACCCCUCACCAUUGCCCCAGCCGCUCAUCCUCUUUCCCACAACACCUCCCUCACCGGCGCCUGGACCCGCCGCACAGCAGGCGGCAGCGCCUCCCACCCAAGCUACUUCACCAACCCGCAAUAUCUCCUCGCCCUCUCAGCUCCCUCGCCCCUAUCCCUCGUCCUGAGCACCGACGCCCGAGACCUCCCCCUCCACGUCGCCGUACUGUUCUCCCCAUCUCUCACCGCCAGUACCACCACCAGCACCGCCAACAUCACCAACCAGCGCAUAACCUCCCUCUCCGGCCGCGACAUCCUCUGCGCAAGCAGCGAAUACCACCGCGGCUGCACCUCCGCCUCGCACCCCCUCCUCGGCGCGGGCUCCUACACCCUAAUCCUCUCAACCUUCGAACCGGGCCACCUAGCCCGCUACACUCUGACCCUCUCGACCUCCACCUCGCACUCCAUAACUCCGCUCCCCUCCGACGGCGCAGGCCGCCUGCGCACGCCCGUACCCCCAACCAAUCCAGCCACGCCCGUCAACUUCCCCGGUGGUACAUCCCGCCUGCGCGCGCAGCUGAGCGUGGCGAGACUCACCCGCUUGAACGCCGUCACGCGCACCGCCGCAGACGCCACCACCACAACCAGCCGGGCGCCCUCGGGCGCGGCAGCGAUGCGCGUGAGCCUCGAGCUCGGCACGGGAGCGCACCGGACCGUGCUCGCCAUGUCGCGGGACGGGGAAUUUGCUGACGCGGCGAUGGGGUUGCGGACGGGCGAGGUGGAUGUCGAGCCUGAGGUUGUGAGGGCCAGGGGCGGGCUUUGGAUUGUUUUGGAGAGGAUUGGGGGUGGUGGGGUUGGGUAUACAAGCGGCGGUGGUGGUGUUGCAGGCGGGGUGCAGGUCGAGGUGCUGAGUGAUGGGGAAGUGCAGGCGGGCGGGUGGGAGAAUGGGGAUGAGGAUUGA